CUAGUUACCAUGGGACCAGAAAGGAACGCUGAGAAUGGCGCUUAGAUGGAUGGGGGUUGUCGAGGUCCUCGGGCUAUGCCCUCUGUCCCUUCUCGGACCCCGGGCCUGCAAAAGGGACUGUCGGGAUUUGUAGUCCCAAAGGCGGCGGCAACGCAGAGGACGCGGGGCGCUGCUGGUCCCGCCUCCGCCUAACCUGCUAGCUCGAGGUGGCGAGCACUUGGGGCGGAGCCCUCGGAUCCCUGAUUGGCCCAGGCGGCUCCCCGCCCCCACCCUGGUCCCCACCCCCGCUCGCCACUCGGGACUCCUGCUCCAGGCGCGCAAGGCGGCCACCGAGAGAGCGCGCUAGCAGCCGCUCCCGCCCCGUGCAACCGCAGCUACCGCGCCGCGGCGAGACCCAGAAACCGACCGACGGACCCGCACAAUCGCAGCAUCCUGGAGCAGAACAUGCUUGCCAAUUCAGCCAGCGUGCGGAUUCUCAUCAAGGGAGGCAAGGUGGUGAACGAUGACUGUACCCACGAGGCAGACGUCUACAUUGAGAACGGCAUCAUCCAGCAGGUGGGCCGUGAGCUCAUGAUCCCCGGUGGGGCCAAGGUGAUUGACGCCACCGGGAAACUGGUGAUCCCGGGAGGGAUUGACACCAGCACCCACUUCCACCAGACCUUCAUGAACGCCACGUGUGUGGACGACUUCUAUCAUGGGACCAAGGCGGCCCUCGUUGGAGGCACCACCAUGAUCAUCGGUCACGUCCUGCCAGACAAGGAGACCUCCCUCGUGGAAGCCUAUGAGAAGUGCAGGGCUCUAGCUGACCCCAAGGUCUGCUGUGACUAUGCCCUCCAUGUGGGGAUCACCUGGUGGGCACCCAAGGUGAAAGCAGAAAUGGAGACACUGGUGCGGGAGAAGGGGGUGAACUCCUUCCAGAUGUUCAUGACCUACAAGGACUUGUACAUGCUUCGAGACAGUGAGCUGUACCAAGUGUUUCAUGCCUGCAGGGACAUCGGGGCGAUCCCCCGGGUCCACGCUGAAAAUGGGGAGCUCGUGGCUGAGGGUGCUAAGGAGGCUCUAGACUUGGGUAUCACAGGCCCAGAAGGAAUCGAGAUCAGCCAUCCAGAGGAGCUGGAAGCAGAAGCCACUCACCGUGUCAUCACCAUUGCAAACCGGACUCACUGUCCCAUCUACCUGGUCAAUGUGUCUAGUAUCUCAGCUGGUGAUGUCAUUGCAGCUGCUAAGAUGCAAGGGAAGGUGGUGCUAGCCGAGACCACCAACGCACACGCCACGCUCACGGGCUUGCACUACUACCAUCAGGACUGGUCGCAUGCAGCCGCCUAUGUCACGGUGCCUCCUCUGAGACUGGACACCAACACUUCCACCUACCUCAUGAGCCUGCUGGCCAAUGACACUCUGAACAUUGUGGCAUCCGAUCACCGGCCAUUCACCACAAAGCAGAAAGCCAUGGGCAAGGAAGACUUCACUAAGAUCCCCCACGGUGUGAGCGGUGUACAGGAUCGAAUGAGCGUCGUCUGGGAGAGGGGCGUGGUUGGAGGAAAGAUGGAUGAGAACCGUUUCGUGGCCGUCACCAGUUCUAACGCAGCCAAGAUCCUCAACCUGUAUCCUCGCAAGGGCCGUAUCAUCCCCGGAGCUGACGCUGAUGUGGUGGUGUGGGACCCGGAAGCCACAAAGACCAUCUCAGCCAGCACCCAGGUGCAGGGUGGAGACUUCAAUCUGUAUGAGAACAUGCGCUGCCACGGUGUACCGCUGGUCACCAUCAGCCGGGGACGAGUCGUGUAUGAGAACGGCGUCUUCAUGUGUGCAGAGGGCACUGGCAAGUUCUGUCCCCUGCGGUCUUUCCCAGACAUUGUCUAUAAGAAGCUGGUACAGAGAGAGAAGACCUUAAAAGUGAGGGGAGUGGACCGCACUCCCUACCUAGGGGAUGUCGCCAUUGUUGUCCACCCUGGGAAAAAAGAGAUGGGAACACCAUUGGCAGACACGCCCACACGGCCAGUCACCCGGCACGGGGGCAUGCGGGACCUUCAUGAAUCCAGUUUCAGCCUCUCUGGUUCUCAGAUCGAUGACCACGUUCCAAAGCGGGCCUCAGCUCGGAUCCUUGCGCCCCCUGGAGGCAGGUCGAGCGGUAUUUGGUAAAGGCUCUGACCAGCCCCACCCUCAACAAGUGAGGAUGCUAAACCACCACCUGCCUGCAAAUGUUCCAGCCAGAGCUGCAGUGGGUGGGAGAGGUUGGGCAGGGCAGUGCUCCACCGGUGGGGGCUCUAGGAACCAGGGAGCCCUCCCCUUGUCUGAACGUGAUUCACGGGGCUUUGAUCCACCCCUAACAAGGCACUUUGAGCUGUCCCUCCUGCCCUGCUCCUUCCUUCCUUGGCCCUGGGGUUUCUCUGGGCCCCAGAAGCCCACACUAUGCACAGCAACCAAUGCAUAGCACCUGGCCCUAAACCCUCCUCUCACCGUGACCUCCUGUGCUGGCUCUGGGAAGGCCCAGACUUUAGUGCUCUGCCCUGCUGCCCACCCACACAGGUGUCCAGAGCACUUUAGCAGAUGUGUUUUAUAAGUAAGGGCCUUCCCCCUUCACCCCUUAGGCCCCAUGGUGACAUUUUCCCAAGUCAGACAGGUGUCAAUUCCACAGCCAUGCCCAAGGUGUCCCAUCUCUCCUGACUCAUCCCAGCUGUACCCUUGUGGGUACAGUCAGGACACCCCGGGUGUGGCUGUGCUUGGGACACCCUGUGCUUUCUGCUAGCCUCUUUCAUUCCCUACCCACGCCCUCUGGGAGUCCCAGGCCCCAGAAGGGUAGCUGGGUGGGCAUGUGGCUGGUGCCAGGCGCGUGUAAAUGGUUUUGUUUUGCACGUUUGGUUUGCGCAGUGGUUUGGUUUGACUUGUUUGUGCACCCUGUGGAAAAUAACGGUGCUUCGUGUCACUAGCAUAGCAUAGAAUCUGGAAUAGAUUUGGUUUGUAGGAGAUGCUGCACUCACCACCAACCAGACAGUACAGGGCAGGGGCGGGGGCAGGCUGGACCCCUGGCCCCUUUCUCCCAACCCAGGGUCCUUUUGCUUCCAGAAGCCCUGUACCAUGCCUCCCCUAUCCCACACCUCCUGCCACCCCCUCCUACUUCCCUACAUUCAAACGAUGCUGGAUGCUGACCCUGGAAACCUUCAGGCCGCAUCUCUGCUCCUGGUUACCCCAGCACUAACCCCACAUCCACACCCUCAUACCCCAACACAGCUUCCUAUAACUUGCCCCUGCUGGGCAAGGCCAGGCUACUCCUCCUGGGUGACUAGUAAGAGGCCUCAUACUGGCUGAGAAAGGGGGAGUAGGGGAGGGUUGCCUAGGCAACUGCCAGGGAAGGGGCUUCAACCCACAAGGCCUAGCUGUAGCAUCCACCCCCACUGCACAGGUGCUAUGGGAUCCUCAGCACUGAGCUCUCCUUGAGGACUGGUCGGACCCGCCCUGUCUUAGAAGCUCCUUAGAGGUUCUCAUAGGAGGCUACACAGUCUGCAAAGUGGCUCAGCUGUCUGCCUUUGAUAAGCCUCAUCCCUGCCCUUCUUUGGCAAGUGAUCUCACUUUUGUUGGAGCUCCACAAACCUGUCAGAGGAUCCCCAGAGCUUGUCAGUCACCCCUGCACGCUUUUGUCCUGCUUUGGGUCCAUCAAAGAGCUCAGCUCUCACUGAGUGACAGGUAAACUCCGAGGGGCUUCUGAGAUGGGGUGGGACUUACCACUGUCUCCAACUUGCAGAUAAAAACUGAGGCCCCAAGAGUUUAGGCACCAGAAAUGUCUGUCCAUGACUGCUCUCAUGGCCUCGGCAGUCUAACCUAGUUGUGGGAAACAGUUGUGGAUUGAUGUCAGGCCCACCAGGAGUUUAACCAGACAGAGUGCUUUCUUCCUGGGGGCGUGUUCUGCUUUGCUUUGCGCAAGCCGAUUUUAUCUUUGUCAUGAACUGACUCAUGUAUCCUCUCGGUUCGAGCCUGGACUAGAAAAGUGUUAGGAACCUGCGUGCGGUUUUACUUGCACCCAGUGUCCUCACUUAGGAGCUGAAGAGACAGAUAACCCAGAGGACUGAGAUAGCCCUGGGAACAGUAGGUAAUGACCCUAGAGAAGCCUUCACAGGUAUCAUAAACAGUGACGCUGACGGUGUCUAUCUCUCUCUCUCCCACUCUCCUUCUCCUACCUUCUCCUCCUCUUCUUUUUUCUCCUCCCCCUCCUCCUCUUUCCCCUUUUUCUUCUUCUUGAGACAAAGUUUUGCUUAGGUAGCCUGGCCUUGAACUUACAGAAAUCCUGCCUUCGCUUCCCCAAGUACUGGAAUUAUACACACAAGCUAACCACACCUAGCUAUACAUCAUCUUUGUCUAUUUCUGCCCUUGCUGGGUCAUGGGCCUUGGGCAGAUGCCAAAGAUCCAAGGGGUGGUAGGGCCAGCUAGGCAGACUACCUGGCGUGGGCCAGGAGCGCGUUACCCUCUCUGAUCGCCUCCACCUGAGAAGUGCAUCACCUGAAGUGGUAGGAGAGUGCACAUACAAGGGGCCACUGUGGGCCUUCUACUUCAUCCACCCCGCCCUUCCACAGACCCAAGCCCACCCUUUCAUAGCCUGUGUGCUCACCCAGGAGCUUCUAGAUGGGAUGCUUAAAGAGCCAACCAAACCCGUCACUCCCUUGUGUCCACUCCCUGCCCCAUGCAGAGCUCCCACCACCCCAUCCCAGGUCCGGUGGCUGCCAGCUGGAGCGAAAGGGGUCUCUGGUUGCCCCGAAUGCAGCUCUCAAACUGGUCUUGUACUUGCUGAAUAAACACUGUUGUUCUUGCCUUAGCUGCUCUCUAGGUUUGUGGGGUUAACUUGCCAGAAAAUUGUGCUACAGUGUGUGUGUGCGUGUGCGUAUGUGUAGUGCUAGGAGUCCACAGUAGGUUGCUUGUCAAGCCAUUGCCGUGACAAUGGCAUCUCUUAUAUUGACCCAAAAACCACAGAACCACACGGAAGCCAAACCCCCUCCAGCUGUUGAGGUGGCAGGCACAGCCUGGGGUCAGAAAGGAGCUGUCAGCACCCCAGCACCCAAGUGACUUCCUCACUCUGUAAAUGUCAUGGUGCUAAGGUUGUAUUGAUCCCGAGACGACACAUGGCCCUAUGCUUUGGCCACCGUCUGAGGCAAAACAAAACAGCCCAACACGUUGUGUUCUGGUGCAGGUUUGAAUUAAACUGUAGCUACUUCUCA